GGCCGAGGGAGAGAAACUGACGCGCCGCGCCCAGGAAAGCGAGAGCGGCCGCCGCCUCCGCCCGCUCCGUAUUAAAGAGCCCCGAAGCGAGCGAGGCUUGCGGGAAGAAGGGAGGCUGGCUGGCUCCCUUCGGCCCGAGCGAGUGCGCCCUCUGGCGGCGGCCGCCGUUGCAGCAGGAAAGGGAAGCUGUUCCGUGUCAUGGGACUCCCCGCUCUGCUCUGCUUUGAGGAAGAAAGGGUUGCCAGGCCGAUGGCCGAAUGCUGAAGGAUGAACCCCAAAUAUGCGCUGCUCGGGGUGCUGUAUUUUGUCCAAGGGAUUCCCUAUGGGCUACAGUCUGGACUGCUGCCCAUCUACUUCCGAACGGUGGGCCUCUCCUUCACCAGGAUCAGCCUGACCAAGAUGCUGUUUGUGCCCUGGAUGCUCAAGGUGUUAUGGGCCCCGCUGGUGGACCAGUAUCUCACCAAGAAGGCCUGGCUGUUGCUGAGCUUGUGGGGUCUGGUGCUGACCUGCCUGGCCUGUUCCACUGUGACGCCAGAGACGCACUUCCUCCCUGUGGCUGCCGCCCUUCUCUGCAUGAACUUUUUUGCUUCUGUCCAGGAUGUGGCGGUGGACGGGGUGGCCAUCUGGCUCCUGGGGCAGGAGGAGGUGGGCUACGGCAACACCAUCCAGGUGGUGGCCUACAAGCUGGGCUCCGUGCUGGCUGGAGGGGGCCUCCUCACUUUCCUUCCUCUCCUGGGCUGGGGGCCGCUUUUCUGCUCGCUGGCUGUCGUCUUCCUGCUGGCCAUUCUGUACACCUGGCGCUCGGACCUGAGGCAUCCUUUGCAGGGCAGCCAGGCUCAGAGCAGGACCUUCAACCCCUGGCGAAUCCUUCAGGGGCUCCUCCGGGUGCCAGGCACCCCCUGGACGGCUGGCUUUGUGCUCAUCUAUAAGCUGGGUGAACAAGGGGCUGUCUCCAUGUUCCCUCUCUUCCUUUUGGACCACAACUUCUCUCCGCAAAAGCUCGGCUUCUGGAAUGGGAUCGUGGCCAUGGUCUUCUCCAUUGCUGGCUCGUCAUUGGGGGGCCAUCUGAUGUCAAAGCAGAGGCACCCGUUGGCUUUGCUGAAGGUCCUGUUGGUAGUUCGCAUCUGCAGCCUGCUCUUCCAGACACUCCUGAUGGUUGUCUACGAAGACAAAGCACCCCUAUUUCAAGUGGCUGCUGUUCUGAGCAUCUGCAUCCAGCACUUCAUUGCCGGGCUGGUGACCACCCUGACGUUCAGCGUCAUGAUGCACUGCGCCCAGAAGGCGGAGGAGCGCGUACAGGCCACCCACUACAGCUUCCUGGCCACCCUGGAAGUGCUGGGCAAGCUGCUCUUCAGCACCAUGGUGGGGAGCCUGGUGGACUGGCUGGGCUUCGUCUCGGCCUUCUGCAUCUUCCUCUCCCUCUCCCUCGCUUCAGUUUUAUACACGCUGCAAGCAUCGCCCUCCGGAAGAUGACCGCUGGACAGCCACCCCCUUCGGCAUCAUCUGUCCCCAUCCUGACUGCACCCUGGGCUUGGGGGCUUCGGAGGCAUUGGCUGGGGCAGAGG